AUGAGCGAUUUACAAAGGUCCUUUGUUAAGCCCAAGCUACCAAGAUUUGCUCCGCCAGAAUUCAAUGAGGCCGACGAAGAAGAAGAAGAGAUUGAUAUGCCUGGUGAACUACCCGAUCUGCCAAUAGAUGACGAUUCUUCCUCGGCGUCUUCAGCUUCAUCUACUGGCACCAUCAUACCAUCCUCAAAUCAGAACUUAUUUGCUCGGCCGCAAGGUGUUCCCAAUAAACGAACGAUGGACCAGAUACCGUGGACGACUUAUUUUGAACGAGAACUGUUUCUCGAACGCAAGUUGGAAGCAGAGACCAUAAAGCAUCAUGCAUAUCUUACAUCUCCUGUUGGGUCAGCACCUUUAUUUAUUACACAUCAUGGAGCAGGAUCAUCCGGCCUCUCAUUUGCUGUUUUGACGUCGGAGAUUCGAAAGAAGCUACCUUCUGCCGGUGUACUUUCUCUUGAUGCUCGAGGUCAUGGUUCUACGGAUAUCUCUCCAGAGGCAGAACGUCUCGAUCUUAGUCUAGAAACCUUGAGUUCAGAUCUGUUAUAUGUCAUUGAAGCCACAAAAGACAAAAUGAGAUGGAAGCAACUUCCGCCUCUUGUACUUGUUGGUCACUCUCUUGGCGGUGCAGUUGUUACAGAUGUUGCCAAAGGCGGAAAACUAGGCAACUCGGUUCUUGGAUACGCAGUUCUUGAUGUAGUUGAGGGCUCUGCUAUGGAUGCUCUACAAAGUAUGCAAACUUACUUAUCGACUCGUCCACUAGGCUUUCAUUCACUGCAAUCUGGCAUUGAGUGGCACAUGAGGUCGAGAACAAUACGCAAUUCGUUAUCAGCGCGGACGAGUGUACCUGGGCUACUGAAGCACAACGAAGAAGCCAGUGGAUCACGAUCGUGGACAUGGCGCACAAAUUUGGGAGCCACUCAACCAUUUUGGGAAGGUUGGUUUGUUGGACUUAGCAAAAAGUUUCUUGAGGCCAGAGGUGGAAAGCUAUUACUGCUUGCAGGGACAGAUAGACUUGAUAAGGAGUUAACAAUUGGACAAAUGCAAGGGAAGUAUGCGCUACAAGUCUUCCCCGAGGCCGGCCAUUUUGUUCACGAAGACCUUCCUGAGAAGACAGCCAUGGUGUUAGUAGAUUUCUAUUCAAGAAACGACCGAAGUGCAUUGAUAUUACCACCAAAAGUGUCAGAUCUUAUUAAGGCUGGUAAAAGAGUGUAA